AAAACAGCCACUUCCCCCGCUGGGCUCUGGACUGUACCAUUUAACAGCCACUUCCCCCGCUGGGCUCUGGACUGUACCAUUUACUUCCCCCGCUGGGCUCUGGACUGUACCAUUUACUUCCCCCGCUGGGCUCUGGACUGUACCAUUUACUUCCCCCGCUGGGCUCUGGACUGUACCAUUUACUUCCCCCGCUGGGCUCUGGACUGUAGCAUUUACUUCCCCCGCUGGGCUCUGGACUAUACCAUUUACUUCCCCCGCUGGAAUCUGGACUGUACCAUUUACUUCCCCCGCUGGGCUCUGGACUGUACCAUUUACUUCCCCCGCUGGGCUCUGGACUGUAGCAUUUACUUCCCCCGCUGGGCUCUGGACUAUACCAUUUACUUCCCCCGCUGGGCUCUGACUGUACCAUUUAACAGCCACUUCCCCCGCUGGGGCUCUGGACUGUACCAUUUACUUCCCCCGCUGGGCUCUGGACUGUACCAUUUACUUCCCCCGCUGGGCUCUGGACUGUACCAUUUACUUCCCCCGCUGGGCUCUGGACUGUACCAUUUACUUCCCCCGCUGGGCUCUGGACUGUACCAUUUACUUCCCCCGAUGGGCUCUGGACUAUACCAUUUACUUCCCCGCUGGGCUCUGGACUGUACCAUUUAACGCCACUUCCCCCGCUGGGCUCUGGACUGUACCAUUUACUUCCCCCGCUGGGCUCUGGACUGUACCAUUUACUUCCCCCGCUGGGCUCUGGACUAUACCCUUUACUUCCCCCGCUGGGCUCUGGACUGUACCAUUUAACACCACUUCCCCCGCUGGGCUCUGGACUGUACCAUUUACUUCCCCCGCUGGGCUCUGGACUGUACCAUUUACUUCCCCCGCUGGGCUCUGGACUGUACCAUUUACUUCCCCCGCUGGGCUCUGGACUGUACCAUUUACUUCCCCGCUGGGCUCUGGACUGUAGCAUUUACUUCCCCCGCUGGGCUUUGGACUAUACCAUUUACUUCCCCCGCUGGGCUCUGGACUGUACCAUUUAACAGCCACUUCCCCCGCUGGGCUCUGGACUGUACCAUUUACUUCCCCCGCUGGGCUCUGGACUGUACCAUUUACUUCCCCCGCUGGGCUCUGGACUGUACCAUUUACUUCCCCCGCUGGGCUCUGGACUGUACACUUUACUUCACCCGCUGGGCUCUGGACUGUACCAUUUACUUCCCCCGCUGGGCUCUGGACUGUACCAUUUACUUCCCCCGCUGGGCUCUGGGACUAUACCAUUUACUUCCCCCGAUGGGCUCUGGACUGUACCAUUUAACAGCCACUUCCCCGCUGGGCUCUGGACUGUACCAGUUACUUCCCCCGCUGGCUCUGGACUGUAGCAUUUACUUCCCCCGCUGGCUCUGGACUGUACCAUUUACUUCCCCCGCUGGGCUAUGGACUGUACCAUUUACUUCCCCGCUGGGGCUCUGGACUGUACCAUUUACUUCCUCCCCCGCUGGGCUCUGGACUAAUACCAUUUUACUUCCCCGCUGGGCUCUGGAGGUACCAUUACUCCCCCGCUGGGCUCUGGACUUACCAAUUUACUUCCCCCGCUGGGCUUGGACUGUACCAUUUAACCCUUCCCCCGCUGGGCUCUGGACUGUACCAUUUACUUCCCCCGCUGGGCUCUGGACUGUACCAUUUAACAGCCACUUCCCCCGCUGGGCUCUGGACUGUACCAUUGACUUCCCCCGCUGGGCUCUGGACUGUACCAUUUACUUCCCCCGCUGGGCUCUGGAACUGGUACCAUUUAACUUCCCCCGCUGGGCUCUGGACUGUACACCAUUUUACCUUCCCCCGCUGUGGCUCUGGACUGUACCAUUACUUUACUUCCCCCCGCUGGGCUCUGGGACUGUAGCAUUUACUUCCCCCGCUGUGGCUCGGACGAUACCAUUUACUUACUUCCCCCGCCUGGGCUCUGGACCUGUACCCAUUUUAACAGCCACUUCCGCCCGCUUGGGGCCUCUGGACUGGUAACCAUUUACUUCCUUCCCCCGCUGGGCUUCUGGACUGUACCACUUUCACUUCCCCCGUCGCUGGGCUCUGGGACUGUACCAUUUUACUUCCCCCGCUGGGCUCUGGUACUGUAACCAUUUACUUCCCCCCGCUGGGCUCUGGACUGUACCAUUUACUUCCCCCGCUGGGCUCUGGAGUGUACCAUUUACUUCCCCCGCUGGGCUCUGGACUGUACCAUUUACUUCCCCCGCUGGGCUCUGGACUGUACCAUUACUUCCCCCGCUGGGCUCUGGACUGUACCAUUUACUUCCCCCCGCUGGGCUCUGGACUGUACCAUUUACUUCCCCCCGCUGGGCUCUGGACUGUACCAUUUACUUCCCCCGCUAGGCUCUGGACUGUACCAUUUACUUCCCCCGCUGGGCUCUGGACUGUACCAUUUACUUCCCCCGCUGGGCUCUGGACUGUAGCAUUUACUUCCCCCGCUGGGCUCUGGACAUACCAUUUUACUUCCCCCGCUGGGCUCUGGACUGUACCAUUUAACAGCACACUUCCCCCGCUGGGCUCUGGACUGUACCAUUUACUUCCCCCGCUGGGCUCUGGGACUGUACCAUUUACUUCCCCCGCUGGGCUCUGGACUGUAGAAUUUACUUCCCCCGCUGGGCUCUGGACUAUACCAUUUACUUCCCCCGCUGGGCUCUGGACUGUACCAUUUAACAGCCACUUCCCCCGCUGGGCUCUGGACUGUACCAUUUAUUCCCCCGCUGGGCUCUGGACUGUACCAUUUACUUCCCCCGCUGGGCUCUGGACUGUACCAUUUACUUCCCCCGCUGGGCUCUGGACUGUACCAUUUACUUCCCCCGCUGGGCUCUGGACUGUACCAUUUACUUCCCCCGCUGGGCUCCGGACUGUACCAUUUACUUCCCCCGCUGGGCUCUGGACUGUAGCAUUUACUUCCCCCGCUGGGCUCUGGACUAUACCAUUUACUUCCCCCGCUGGGCUCUGGACUAUACCAUUUACUUCCCCCGCUGGGCUCUGGACUGUACCAUUUACUUCCCCCGCUGGAAUCUGGACUGUACCAUUUACUUCCCCCGCUGGGCUCUGGACUGUACCAUUUACUUCCCCCGCUGGGCUCUGGACUGUACCAUUUACUUCCCCCGCUGGGCUCUGGACUGUACCAUUUACUUCCCCCGCUGGGCUCUGGACUGUACCAUUUACUUCCCCCCGCUGGGCUCUGGACUGUAGCAUUUACUUCCCCCGCUGGGCUCUGGACUAUACCAUUUACUUUCCCCCGCUGGGCUCUGGACUGUACCAUUUACUUCCCCCGCUGGGCUCUGGACUGUACCAUUUACUUCCCCCGCUGGGCUCUGGACUGUACCAUUUACUUCCCCCGCUGGGCUCUGGACUGUAGCAUUUACUUCCCCCGCUGGGCUCUGGACUAUACCAUUUACUUCCCCCGCUGGGCUCUGGACUAUACCAUUUACUUCCCCCGCUGGGCUCUGGACUGUACCAUUUACUUCCCCCGCUGGGCUCUGGACUGUACCAUUUACUUCCCCCGCUGGGCUCUGGACUGUAGCAUUUACUUCCCCCGCUGGGCUCUGGACUAUACCAUUUACUUCCCCCGCUGGGCUCUGGACUGUACCAUUUAACAGCCACUUCCCCCGCUGGGCUCUGGACUGUACCAUUUACUUCCCCCGCUGGGCUCUGGACUGUACCAUUUACUUCCCCCGCUGGGCUCUGGACUGUACCAUUUACUUCCCCCGCUGGGCUCUGGACUGUACCAUUUACUUCCCCCGCUGGGCUCUGGACUGUACCAUUUAA